AUGGCUGCAACACGGUCUUCCAGGUCCAACCCUCGCUUGUCGACCUCCUCCAUUUCCUCCGUGAAGCUAUCCUCAUCCCGCACCGAAUCACCCGCAGACACACCCACAUCCGUCAACCGACGUACCGAUGAUGUCUUUCAAUCAAUUAUCAAGGGCAGGAAGAGCUGGAAGACAGCCAGGGGAGGGGAAAUCGUAUGGCCGCCAGAGCUUGAGAGCGCUUUGAUUGAAGGUUUGGAAAACUACCAGCCAGAUGACUCUAGAGAAACUCGACUGCUGGGGCGGUUUCCGAUGCGGAACCGCUUCAUCUCGGACUGGAUAUACGAAAAGACGGGAAAACGGCGCACAGCUAAGCAAGUUGGCAGCCGUUUGCAACAGCUCAGGGAUACGUGUGGGGGAAAACGAUGUAGGUCCCCCAACGCUACCGUACGUCUGCAUGACGUCCGAGCUAAUUCAACUUGUCCGAUAGUGCUCAAGCUUCUAACGCCCAAUAGACCUCUGGCCCGCCCAGCCUCCUUGUCACUUUCCCCGGAAUUACAGGACGUAGCUGGCCCUUCAAAUUUCAGGGGCCCCCCACCUCUCCGCCAUGAUUCCGAGUCAGGAAGCGACACCUCUCCUCCGAACUCGCCUACCACGCCGACCGACGCCCAUGCGACAUUGCAAAGCCUACUUUAUCGCGGGGUCGAGAGCCGUUCAACAGAACUCCCAAAUUCAAUUGUCUUCAUCGAUCUUAUCCCACAUCCUUCAGCUGGACCUUCAUCGUCACAUAGUGAAGAGGAACACCUGUGGAAGGAGCGCGGCUUCCAGAUCUCCCGCGCAUCUCCGUUCCCUCGCCACUUACACGACAUCGACUCGACUAUUACGCUUCUUUCCAAGUCUACUACCUCUGCACGCUCCUUCUUUACCGUCUACUCUGGAGAGGAUGUCGUCUACUCAGAGGUUACCUCGCUCAAGCCCUUGGGCCCACCACCAGGUGAUUUCGACUUCGACAACUCGUCGAGUUGCCUGUAUAGCACUACGUUAGUUCCAGGAUUCUGGCGUAGCCUGGUUCAAAGUCCAGACCCCACUCAAUAUACAAUCGUGCAACGUGUUGUCCAAGACUCGUCAGCCUCGUCCCCGCCCUGUACCUUAUUUUCUGCCAUGUUCAAAUUUACCUACGUAUCCUGUCCUUAUAUUUCUACCCCCUCCGCCGCCGCCGUUCAACCGGCUUCGCAAAAAGAUCCGGAGUUGGAGUUCUCUUUUGAUUCCCUCCUCACUAUGGACGCGGACGGAUUCACUGAUAUUCCCGCGUUUGACUCAAAAACCCAUGGAUACUAUCUGUCGGACACUUACGUCGAGGGAGGGUGGAGCUCGGGCUCCAGCUCAGCCCAGACAUCGACCUAUCACCCCAGCCCCAUUCAAUAUGACCAAGGACACUCCGAUUUCGGGAGUGACGACUCUGUAAUCUCGCCCAUUUCCCCCACUUCCACCUCGUUUUCGGGCGAUGUAUUCAACUACUAA